AUGAUCUCUAAACCGACCAACGCCCCCCCGGCUGUCCCUUCUCGGAAUGCACUCCGGGUGCUACGCAGACUGGCCCUUGCCGGAUCAACCGUAGGCAGUUUCUGCACGGUCGCUGCGAUCACCUACGAUGUGCACCGCCGCGUCCGGGUCGCGGAACGCAUUGUUGAGAACAAACGAGCCCUGCAGACCUCGGCGCCGAACUACGAUGCCACGUCUGCGGCGAAACGACUAGCCCGGAUGAUGGAGGCGGCGGAGGCGGGCGAGUUCAUGGGUCUGGCGUCGUUGAAGGAGGCGGAUCGGAAGAUACAUCUUGGGCAGUCCACGCAGGAUGAGGACGAGCGGCUGUUACAGGGGGAGCGGAGUCAUGGGCCCAGUGUGGGUAUUGCGGAGUCGGAGACUCUUGUUCAGGCUGAGUCGUUUUUGGAAGCUGCGAGGACAAAACUAGUCGAUGCGCUUACAUCACAGUCGGAGGUCGGGAGGUUGCCUGGGCAAAGUGGUUGUGUUCCUCCCGACCAGAUUCACGUUGCGGAGGGUUUACGGCGAGCAGAAAAUGCCAUUGGGCGAGGGACAUCACGGAGCGACGUGACAAUUAAUAAGGAUAUAGCGGUAGAGGGAGCACAAUUGCAAUCGGAUGUCCCGAGACAGAUGCAAGAACUCCUCGAUCGCGGCCGGCCCAUCGAGGCAGCUCAACUAUUCUUGGGCGCACAUUCCGGUGCGCUAAAUGGGAUCUCCAAGGAUCGGAAGGAGAUGGCCCUGAAAGUGUUCUUCGUCAAUUGCAAGGAGGAUAAUGUGUUCAUUGCGCGAAGCAUUUUCGAGCGUAUUGAAGAGGUGGAUGAAGUUUCUCUCGUAAUGUGGAAAACAUUAAUGUUGGCCCUAGCGAAGAAAGGCUGCAUCGAAUCCGUGGCGACCAUUUAUACGCGCUACAUGCACCAAUUCGCCUGCCCACCAGAGAUGGUGGAUGUUGUGCUCCGUUGUCUCCUUGAAUCUCACAGACUUACCACAGCAAAAUGGUUCCUUUUGAGACAUCUCCAGCACGACCGAGACUGUGGCUUGUGCGGGGCCUAUCUGUCGGGCCUCUGGAGGAAGACGAGAAGCAUCGAACUGAUAAACGGACAGCUGAAGAAGAUUUUGACUGUUCUUCCACGAUUUGAGAAGCUUCCAAGCGAUAAGUUGUUCAAUCCAGUGAUCAAAGCUUACGUCGAAUUCGGCAGAGUCGCCGAUGCGGAAGCCCUGGUUCACGACAUGACGACCAUCUAUGAUCUCCCCCUCCGGUGUCGAACGAAAGGCUUGCUGGUUUAUGCUAAGGCUCUCAGUCUCGACUGGGAGGGAGUGGAGGUGGGGCUAGAAGAGAUGCAUAAACUUCGACUCACAAGGCGACGGCGCGAUUUCCUUCCCAUUUUCGAUCGGAUAUUCCUCGAAUACUGGGUAUCGCAUUCGGGCCCGCAGAUUCGCAAUUUCGUCUUUCGGUAUCUCGAUGAAUUCAACAUCAUCCCCGAUAAAGUGCUGUAUAAGCAUAUCCUGGAGGCAUUCGUUGAGAAAGGCGACAAGGACAUGAUCGCGGAACUUACCAGUAUGGCGAAGCAGCGGUCGUGGAAUAUCCCCAUUAACGAGCAGGAGUUCAUGGAGAUUCUGCGAUCUCGCCGGCUUGCAUUGGAAGAGGCGCCGGUAGGAUUCUGGCAAAUGUUACAAGCCGCGCGCGUGAAGUACGGGCAGAGCUCUACGUCCCAGCGGAUCUUGGGCUACGACCAGCAGUCAUUUCCCAUUGCAGAAGUCAACAACAUGCCCUACACACAAAGUCCCUCAUCGUGGUAUCAACGAACGCUACAGGAGACGACUCCAUCAAGACCUGUGGAUCAAUAUCAAAAGCUUCACAAGCAAAUGACACAUUACAUGCAUGUUGGCAAGAUGGCAGACGCACUGAAGUGCUUCCAGAACGCUAAAAACGCGCGAUAUCAGAUGAGACAGCUUCAUGUCGAGCUGGCUGUCAUUGCGACCCUGCUUGAACAUGGACUCGAUGCGGCUCGCUCGCUCGUCGAGACCGAAUGGCGCGGGAUCCGUCACCUGGUCCGCUUCUUCCCUAUCUUUUUCCGGCAGGUGAUGUCCCUGGACCCCGAUGCCACUGGAGAGAUGAUCCAGAUCGCCGUCCUUCGCUUUUAUCAGAUAUGCUCGUCGACAAAGAACAUGACGGUCAAGCAUCACAUCACUGUGGGCACGAGCCGACGUCUGAUCUCGCAGCGGGAACCCAAGAUGGCCCAAGACCUUCUGGCGGCUGUCUACAUGUCCCGCUACCGACAUGUGGUGCCUUUUGAUGGAGUCUACAUGAAGAUGUUUGCGCGCACCUUUGCAGCAACAAAGAACAUUCCUGGCCUUCGGUGGUGUAUCCUGACGGCUCUGUCCCGAGAAAGCGCUCUCAACCAUGAUUUUGUGGUCGAGAUUCGUCGGAUCUUGGGCACUCUGAGUCCUUCCGGGCCCGGAUCUGUCCCCAGCGAGCAAAUGGAAUACCUACUGUACAUUGCCGAUCUUUUGGAAGAAAAGAGCGAAGGAUGCUCCCCACUUUGGGAAAUCAAGCACGACCCGACCCUCAAGGCGAGCUCGCGACAACAGCUGAAGCGACCGCUUGACACGAGACUGCUCUUCAAUCAGUCAGACGUCCGAGAGGCGGUCAAAGGGUGGGACGAAGAGUACGAAUUGGAGGCGGUACUGGGCAAUAUCGAUACGGAUCCGCGCUCAGUAGCGUCACGAUGGACCGAGCAACGGUGCCUGAGCCACAAGACGGGUUGUUGA